AUUCCCGUGUCUGUUAUAGUCGGAGGAUCUGAACAAGGAGGUGGCUGCCAGCACAGAAGUUAUCCAAACAUCAAGGACAGAAAUUACUGAUCUGCGUCGAACAAUGCAGGGCCUGGAGAUCGAGCUGCAGUCCCAACUCAGCAUGAAAGGGUCACUUGAAGGCACGUUGGCUGAGACAGAGGGACGGUAUUCCAUGCAGUUGCAAAGCCUACAGUGCCAAGUGACGGGGCUGGAGCAACAGCUAAUGCAAAUGCGUGCUGACACGGAACGCCAGGGCCAAGAAUACCAAAUGUUGCUCGACAUCAAGCAACGUCUGGAGAUGGAGAUCGCAGAAUACAGAAGGCUGUUGGACGGAGAGGGCGCCAGUUCCAUCAGUUCAGGGUCUAGCAGCAGCACCUCGGCCAAGAUGAUCGUUGUCACAGAGGAAUAUGUGAACGGCCAGUUGGUGUCCAAAUCCUGAUCUGUCUCGCGCAGAAAGAGCAACACAUUGGGCCACGCCUGAGGACCACCAUCAUAAACCAUGAUCACAACACAUUCUUUGCAUCGGCAUGUGAAUGCAAUAAAAGGCUGCCAGUUUGCUGACUAAAA